AUACAAGCAUGUAUAUUUAAAAGAUAAUGAGAAUAUUUUAAGUCCAAUUUUUCAACUGAAGAAGAUAAAAUAAUAAAAUAAAAUAAUAUGUGUUUUUUAUAUUACAAUUUUUAACAAACAAUUGAUGUGAUGGAUCCUACUAUCGUAUGUAAGAAUUUUUGCUUGUGAAACGCAAAUCUUUUUUCCUUUUUUUUUGGCAAAAGUUGACUGCUCAUCCACCACGCCCCAAACAUAAACAGCUUUUUUAUGAUCAAAAGUCUUUAAAUAAAUUAAUUUUGUGACAUUCAACAAAAGUUAUUGUACAUUGUAUUUAUACCCGUAAUUUUCACUACGUAAAUAAGGUGCAUAUGAUCAGUUUCAUAUUAUUGUAACAUUCCAUUUUCCACUUUAUUUCACUUUUAAAAAACUCAUUACAAUUCAGCUUAUCAACUCCCUGUAGGACAUGGUUAACUUUGUCGAUUAUUUUUUACAAGCUUACUGUAAUAUUGGCGAUCUUUGCGUGGCUGAGGGGGAGAAAAACAAGGUCAAGUCUUGUUUAUAUUGUAACAUGUCAAUCAGUAGGGAAGACUGGACAUUUGAUCAAGAUUUUUGCAUGAUUAAUGGUGUUUGCAUAAAACAUGGGAGUACCCAGCAGAACAAAGAUUGUAGAAUCUGUGACGUACAUACCGACAACAGUGGCUGGCAAAUAAAAGACGGGCACUGCUACAUACAGGACACCUGCUAUAAAGACAUGGAAGUGAAUAAAAUAUAUCCUUGUCAUAUAUGCAAUGUGAUGAACGAUAUGUUUGAUUUUUCAUCAAAUACAGCAUACUGCAAUAUCGGCGAUGUUUGUGUGGCAGGUGGUCAGAGGAACAAUGUCAAAAUCUGUUUAUACUGCAACAUAUCACUUACCAGAGGAGAAUGGUCAUUAAGUCCUGGUCACUGUUUGAUAGAUGGACUUUGCGUCAAUCAAGGGAGAUCAGAACAGGGGAAAGAUUGUAAAGUUUGCGAUUCAUUCACCAACAAAAGUGUCUGGAAAAUAAAGAAUGGACACUGUUACAUAAAAGAAAGUUGUUUCAAAGAUUUUGAAAAAAAUCCUGAUAUUCACUGCCAGUUUUGCAACUCAUCGAACAAUGUAUAUGAAUUUUCUACAGACACAGACUGUCUGUCUUCAACAGAAGGAAAAGUGUCACAAGAAUCCAUAUUUUCUAAUCCAAUUUUUAUUGCAACUGUGUCGCUAAUAGCUGCUGUCUUUGUCAUAACCAUCGUCAUAACAGUUAUUUAUAGAGUUAGAAUGAAAGGGACAGAGCAUUGGUCUAUUGGAAACGAGGCAAGAACUAGAGGAAAUGUGGGAUUAACCCUUUACAAAAAAGUUAACACGGAAGACUUACCUCCUCUAGAAACUUAGAUAUACAUGUAAAAUAAAUAAAUUAAAUAAUACUUUUUUAAAUGCAUAAAAGUGUAAAUUUU